CAUAUGUGUUGCAGCGGUGGAGGCUGCCAGCACCGAUGCAUGGCAUUUUGCCUCCCCUGCCUCAUGCUGUAAAGGAAAGACCGCAGCAUCGGAAAGCUGUCAUUGCACGCGUAUCAGCGCGAAGUUCCGUGUUGGCUGGGUUGGAUGAUUUGGACCGAAGAAAACGCGAGGUGGCGUUAGCAGCAGUUUCUGUAAAUGGCAUUGCGCUUCAAUGGGCGCCCGAGCGGUUGAGAAAGGACAAGGAAAUUGCAAUGGCAGCUGUGGCGAAUGCUGGGCAAGCUUUGAAGUAUGUGAACAAGGAGCUGCAGAGCGAUCGCGAUGUCGUUUUGGCCGCGAUUCGGCAGAAUGGGUUGGCAUUAUUGUUUGCUUCGCCGAGAUUGCAGCGGGACAAGGAGUUGGUGCUCGAAGCUUGCCAACGUGACGGUUCAGCGCUUCAUUUUGCAUGUGAUGCGCUUCGUGACGACGCUGACUGCAAAAUUGCCGCCGGAACUGCUACAACAAGUGUUUGCAGUUCUGCUAGAUGCACUGUGGAUAGCUCGAGGAGCCGUUUUGUUGCAUCAACCUAUGAUGGAAGAUGGCCAUCGCUUACCAAGUGGAGCCGUCGUCCAUAUUUGGCUGCGACGGCACGCACAGUUGAUGCUGAAGAGGCACCCAGAAGAAGCACCAUGAGGAGCACAAUCGCUUCCGCCUGGCAAGGACCAUCUCAUCGACAUGAAGGGUUUACCACACGCUGAAGCUUCCUGUGCGUUUGAGUGCUGGGAGUCUUUUUGCGCGCUGUACAAAUUCAGGCGCCAUCAUGCUGCCGCUUCCUUUUCAGAAGACAAC